AUGGAAACGGCGGAAGAUGUGGUUGAUGAACUGCUAGAUUUGGCAGAAGCUUCGUCGAUGAAUCCAGUGGAAGAAUUUCUCAAUGAUUUAGUACAAGCACCACCCAAAGAUAUGGUGGAAGAAUCGCUUGAGGAUUUGUUAGAAAUACCAUCCAAAAAUAAGAUAGAGGAGAUUUUAGACGAUCUGAUAGAAGCAACAUGCAAGGAUGAAGUGGAAGAAUUGCUGAACGAUAUAGCAAAAACAUCAUCUGAAAAGGGAUUUGAAGAGAAGGAUCUGACUGAUGCAUCUACUGAAGAUACGGUGAAUCAACUACUAGCGGCUUUAGAGGAAGCAUCAUCCAGGGACAGAGCGGAUCAACAACUACUGAAGGAUUUAGUACGAGUGAUGAUCAACGGUCCCAUAGAAGAAAUAUUAAACGAAAUGUCCAAAAAACCAUCAUUCAAAGAUUCCAGCGAAAUAUCAUUCAAGAAUCCACUGGAAGGAUCGCCAGAAAAUUUGGUGAAGGAAAAACCAUCUGAAGCACUGAUCACAGAAUUAUUCAAGGACUCAAUAAAACAAUCCGAAGAACUCAUCCCAAACGACCCCGACCUAAUCGCUAAGCCUCACUUCCUACCAAAGAAUUUUUAUGAGGAAGAUGCAACUGUCUUUCAUGCGGUCCGUUAUAAACAGUUCCGGUAUUGGGAAUAA